AUGGCCGCCAUCUACCCCCCGGCUUCGGCCCGCCAGGUUGGCUCUGACGAUGAGGGCCUCAUGGCUCUCGAGCUUCGCGACGGCACCGUCUACCAGGGUUUUAGCUUUGGUGCUCAGAAGAGCAUUGCCGGAGAGCUCGUCUUCCAGACUGGUAUGGUGGGGUAUCCGGAGUCGGUGACAGACCCCUCAUACCGCGGCCAGAUUCUGGUCAUCACCUUCCCCUUGGUUGGCAACUAUGGCGUUCCCUCGCGGGAGACCAUUGACGAGCUCUUGGGCGACCUGCCUGCCCACUUCGAGUCCUCCCAGAUCCACAUCGCCGGUCUCGUCGCCUCCUCCUACGCCGGCGAGGACUACUCCCACUUCUUGGCCGAGUCCUCCCUUGGCACAUGGCUCAAGGAGCAGGGCGUUCCCGCCAUCUAUGGCGUUGAUACCAGAGCCCUCACCAAGCGCUUGAGAAGUCAGGGCAGCACGCUGGGCCGAUUGCUGCUCCAGAAGAAGACCAUUGCGAACGGCACCACCAAUGGCCACGUCAAUGGCGUUGCUUCCUUCUCCGUCGACGACUUCCAGACAGUGGACUGGGUCAACCCCAACGAGAAGAACCUCGUAGCCGAGGUCUCCAUCAAGGCCCCUAAGCUGUAUAAGCCCCCCUCGAGCGUCACCGCCAAGAAGCACCCGUCCGGCAGACCCAUCCGUGUUCUUUGCCUGGAUGUCGGUAUGAAGUACAACCAGCUGAGGUGCUUCCUCAAGCGUGGCGUCGAAGUCCUGGUCUGCCCCUGGGACCACGAUCUCGUAAAACAAGCUGGAGAAGAGUACGACGGUCUUUUCCUGUCCAACGGUCCUGGUGACCCGGCCAUGCUCGACGUUACUGUCAAGAACAUCCAGGCUGCCAUGGAGAAGACCAAGACUCCUGUCUUUGGUAUCUGCUUGGGUCACCAGCUGCUUGCCCGCGCCUCCGGCGCCAAGACCGCCAAGAUGAAGUUCGGAAACAGAGGCCACAAUAUUCCCUGCACGAGCAUGAUCACUGGAAAGUGCCACAUCACUUCUCAGAACCACGGUUUCGCCGUCGACUCCAGUUCUCUCACCGCCGACUGGAGGGAACUUUUCGUCAACGCCAACGACGGUAGCAACGAGGGUAUCGCCCAUCUCUCCAAGCCCUACUUCAGUGUCCAGUUCCACCCUGAGAGCACGCCCGGUCCCCGCGACACUGAGUACCUGUUCGAUGUCUUCAUUGGCACCAUUGAGGACUGUGCUGCCAACCCCAAGAAGCUGAGCGCCCCUGUCAGCUUCCCCGGCGGCACCAUCGAGGAGAACGAGCGCCUGCACCCUCGUGUCCACCCUCGCAAGGUCCUCGUCCUCGGCAGUGGUGGUCUCAGUAUCGGCCAGGCCGGAGAGUUCGACUACUCCGGUUCCCAAGCCAUCAAGGCUCUCAAGGAGGAGGGCAUCUACACCGUCCUCAUCAACCCCAAUAUUGCCACCAUUCAGACGUCGAAGGGUCUGGCGGACAAGGUCUACUUCUUGCCGGUCAACGCGGACUUCGUCCGAAAAGUCAUUCAGUACGAGAGACCCGAUGCCAUCUACGUUACCUUCGGUGGACAGACUGCCCUCCAGGUUGGUAUUCAACUGAAGGACGAGUUCGAAGAGCUCGGAGUCAAGGUCCUGGGUACUCCCAUCGACACUAUCAUUACUACCGAGGACCGUGAGCUCUUCGCUCGCAGCAUGGACUCGAUUGGCGAGAAGUGCGCCAAGUCCGCCUCUGCCAGCACCGUUGACGAGGCCAUGGCUUGUGUCAAGGAUAUUGGUUUCCCCGUCAUUGUCAGAGCUGCUUACGCCCUGGGCGGCCUUGGCAGUGGUUUCGCCAACAACGAGGCAGAGCUUCUCGAUCUUUGCAACAAGGCUUUCGCCGCCAGUCCCCAAGUUCUCAUUGAACGCAGUAUGAAGGGCUGGAAAGAAAUCGAGUACGAGGUCGUCCGUGACGCCCAGGACAACUGCAUCACCGUGUGCAACAUGGAGAACUUUGAUCCUCUGGGUAUCCACACUGGUGACUCUAUUGUUGUCGCGCCUUCUCAGACGCUUUCCGACGAGGACUACAAUAUGUUACGUACUACGGCCGUCAACGUUAUUCGUCACCUCGGCGUUGUCGGAGAGUGCAACAUCCAGUAUGCUCUGAACCCCUUUUCGAAGGAGUACUGCAUUAUCGAGGUCAACGCCAGAUUGUCCAGAUCUUCUGCACUGGCGUCCAAGGCAACUGGUUACCCCUUGGCCUUCAUUGCUGCUAAGCUUGGCCUCGGCAUUCCUCUCAAGGACAUUUCCAACAGUGUCACCAAGUCGACCUGCGCUUGCUUCGAGCCUUCCCUUGAUUACGUCGUGGUCAAGAUGCCCCGUUGGGACUUGAAGAAGUUCACCCGCGUGUCUACCCAGCUGGGAUCUUCCAUGAAGAGUGUCGGUGAAGUCAUGAGUAUCGGCCGAAACUUUGAGGAAGCCAUUCAGAAGGCCAUUCGUGCCAUCGACUAUAACAACCUUGGUUUCGGCGAGACCAAGGCCUUGAUGUCGAUCGACGACGAACUGCAGACACCGUCGGACCAGCGUUUGUUCGCCAUCGCCAACGCCAUGCACACUGGCUACUCGGUCGACAAGAUUUGGGAGCUUACCAAGAUUGACAAGUGGUUCUUGCACAAGCUCAAGGGCCUAAGCGACUUCUCAAAGUCGAUGACCAACUACACCACCAGCGAUAUCUCCAAAUGCCCCGACAUCCUUCUCCAGGCCAAGAGACUUGGAUUCUCUGAUCGUCAACUCGCCAAAUUCUGGAGCUCUAACGAAAUCGCCGUCCGCACUCUUAGACAGGAGGCCAACAUCAUGCCUUUUGUUAAGCAGAUCGACACGGUUGCUGCCGAGUUCCCUGCCUACACCAACUACCUGUACCUGACCUACAACGCUUCCGAGAGCGACGUCACCUUUGACGAUCAUGGUAUCAUGGUCCUGGGAUCUGGUGUUUACCGCAUCGGUUCUUCUGUCGAGUUCGACUGGUGUUCUGUUCGCGCGAUUCGAACUUUGAGAGAGCAGAAUUACAAGACCAUUAUGGUUAAUAUGAACCCGGAGACCGUUUCCAGCGAUCAUUCAGAAAGCGAUCGUCUCUAUUUCGAAAACCUGGACCUCGAAACUGUCCUCGAUAUCAACGAACUUGAGGCGUGUGAGGGUAUUCUCGGCGCCAUGGGCGGCCAAGCGCCGCAGAUGAUUGCACUUCCACUGCACCGUGCGGGUGUCAAGGUUCUCGGAACCUCUCCGGAGAUGAUUGACAAUGCCGAAAACCGUUACAAGUUUUCUCGUAUGCUGGAUACCAUUGGCGUCGAUCAGCCCACGUGGAAGGAGCUCACCAGCUUCGAGGAGGCAAAGAAGUUCUGUCAGAAGGUCUCCUACCCUGUCUUGGUGCGACCUUCUUACGUUCUUUCGGGUGCUGCGAUGAACACCGUCUACUCUGAGCAGGAUCUCGAGAACUACCUUGCCCAGGCUGCUGAGGUUUCUCGCGAGCAUCCCGUGGUUAUUACCAAGUACAUUGAGAACGCCAAGGAGAUCGAGAUGGACGCUGUUGCCAAGGAUGGUGUUGUCGUGGGACACUUCAUUUCAGAGCACGUUGAGAAUGCUGGUGUUCACUCUGGUGAUGCUACUCUCAUUCUACCUCCCCAGGACUUGGAGCCAGAGACCAUUGCCAGAAUCGAGGAGGCCACGCGCAAGAUUGGCGCUGCCCUCAACGUCACUGGUCCUUUCAACAUUCAGUUCAUCGCCAAGGACAACGACAUCAAGGUCAUUGAGUGCAACGUCCGUGCCUCUCGAUCCUUCCCCUUCGUCUCCAAGGUCAUGGGUGUUGACUUGAUUGAGAUGGCUACCAAGGCGAUGAUGGGUAGACCCUUUGUUGAGUACCCACCCACCACCAUCUCCGCCGACUGCGUGGCUUGCAAGGUGCCCCAGUUCAGUUUCUCUCGUCUUUCUGGUGCCGACCCCGUUUUGGGUGUUGAGAUGGCCUCCACUGGUGAGGUUGCUUGCUUCGGUGUCGACAAGUACGAGGCGUACCUCAAGGCUCUCAUUUCGACUGGAUUCAAGAUCCCCAAGGCCAACAUCCUCUUGUCCAUGGGUUCCUUCAAGGACAAGAAGGAGAUGCUGCCGUCGGUCGAGAAGCUUGCCCGCCUCGGCUACAAGCUGUUUGCCACCGCCGGUACCGCCGACUUCCUCCAGGAGCACAAAAUCCCUGUGCAAUACCUAGAAGUCCUCGCCAACGAGCAAGAAGACCAGCGUUCUGAGUUCUCACUCACUCAGCACUUGGCCAAGAACAUGAUUGAUCUGUACAUCAACUUGCCUUCCAACAACAAAUACCGCCGCCCCGCCAACUACAUGUCCAAGGGUUACCAGACCCGUCGCAUGGCUGUUGACUACCAGAUCCCUCUGGUUACGAACGUCAAGAACGCCAAGAUUCUCGUUGAGGCUAUCGCCCGCCACUUCGAGCUGGGAGUCGCCACCCGUGACUUCCAGACGAGCCAUCGCACCAUCACUCUGCCUGGGUUGAUUAAUGUUGCAGCAUUCGUGCCCGGCAUUGCCACUCAGGCCAGCAAGGACCUUCUGGCUGUUACAAAGGCCUCUGUCUCCGCUGGUUUCAGCAUGAUCCGCAUUAUGCCUGUUGGUGUCAAGGCUUCCAUCACGGAUGCUCUCACCUUGAAGAUUGCUCAGCAGAGCGCUAAGAACGGUGGCUUCUGCGACUUCAACUUCUCCGUUUCUGCCACCUCUGACAAUGCUGAUCAGAUCAGCCACGUCACUGGUGAAGUCGGUUCGCUCUUCAUCCCCUUCAAUCACCUGUCUGGUAACAUCAGCAAGGUCGCCGCCGUGACUUCUCACUUCGACAAGUGGCCCACUCACAAGCCCAUCGUCACUGACGCGAAGCUGACCGACCUUGCUUCUAUCCUGCUCCUGGCAAGCCUGCACAACCGCAGAAUCCACGUCACAUCUGUGUCCACCAAGGACGACAUCAGGCUGAUUGCCCUCAGCAAGGCCAAGGGCCUGAAGGUGACCUGCGAUGUCUCCAUUUUCUCUCUGUACCUCUCGCAGAACGACUUCCCUGAUUGCGCUCUCCUUCCCACUGAGGCUGACCAGAACGCCCUCUGGGAGCACCUGAGCACCAUUGAUGUCUUCUCCAUCGGAAGCUUGCCAUACCAGCUCGCCAGCUCCCUGGGCAAGACUGCCGACCCUGCCGUUGGCAUCGCCGACGCUCUACCUCUCCUGCUCACCUCCGUGACUGAGGGCAAGCUCACGAUUGACGACAUCAAGGCUCGCCUGUACGACAACCCCAAGGAGAUCUUUGAGCUCCAUGAACAGGUCGGCACCACCGUCGAGGUUGAGAUUGACCGCCCCUAUGGUGUUCAGUCCACCUCUGGGUGGUCACCCUUCGAGGGUCGCACUAUGCGCGGAUCCGUUCAGCGCGUGACCUUCCAGGACAAGACUGUCUGCUUGGAUGGAGAGCUGCUGCCUCUGCCUUCUCUCGGCAAGGAUAUGUCGACUCACGGCGCUCUUCCCAUGUCGCCCACGAUCAAGCCUCAGUUGCAGUCCAUGACUCACCCCGAGAGCCCCCGUGACCGCCGCCCUUCCAUGUUCAACUCCACCAGACCGUCCAAGCUCCGUUCCGCGGAUGGCCCUCUUCCCAACAAGACCUUCGGCACCUUUGACGAGCUUAGCCUGCCGCCCCUCCACCCCGCGAUCGGCUCCAAGCUCCACGACCUUUUGUCGCAGCCCUCAUCUUGGAAGCAGCACAGCGUCUUGUCUGUUACCCAGUACACUCGUGCUGACCUCCACCACCUCUUCACUGUGGCCCAGCAGAUGCGUCUCGGUGUCCAGCGUGAGGGUGUCUUGAACAUCCUUCGUGGACGCGUUCUCUGCACCUUGUUCUACGAGCCCUCCACUCGCACCUCGGCCUCUUUCGAUGCUGCGAUGCAGAGACUUGGCGGCCGCACCGUUGUCAUCUCCACUUCCCACUCCUCCGUUCAGAAGGGUGAGACCCUCCAGGACACCCUCCGCACUCUUGGCUGCUACGGUGAUGCCGUUGUCCUCCGACACCCCGAGGAGUCGAGCGUCGACAUUGCCCGCCGAUAUGCUCCUGUUCCCGUCAUCAACGGCGGCAACGGAAGCAAGGAGCACCCCACCCAGGCUUUCUUGGACCUCUUCACCAUCCGUGAGGAGCUUGGUACUGUUCAGGGCCUGACCAUUACCUUCGUGGGUGAUCUUCUCUACGGCCGCCCUGUUCACUCCCUCAUCUACCUCCUCCGCGACUACGGUGUGCAGGUUCAGCUUGUCUCUCCCAAGGGCCUGGCUCUGCCCGCCGAGGUCCGCGAGUAUCUCAUUGCUUCCGGACAGCUUCUGUGCGAGUCCGAGGAGCUCACCCCUGAGAUCCUGGGCCGCAGCGAUGUGCUCUACUGCACUCGUGUCCAAAAGGAGCGUUUCCCGACGGUUGAGGAGUACGAGAAGGUCAAGAACUCGUACCGCAUCGACAACCGCACCCUCAAGUCGGCCAAGAAGGAUAUGUGCAUUCUGCACCCUCUGCCCAGGAACGAGGAGAUUGCGCCUGAGGUGGACACCGACCAGAGGGCGGCUUACUUCAGACAGAUGAGAUAUGGUCUGUACUGCCGCAUGGCACUGCUUGCGUUGGUUAUGGCACCAUAG